AAGUCAAAAUAACAAAAAUGGCGCCUUUGGAAACUCAUGCACAAAACGCCGGGGUUUGUUUUUAUUUACUGUUCUAGCACCACUAACCUGUUAUACCGUAACGUAUUCUGUACAUAAUAUAUCUGUUGUGGGAAAUACACAAUGAAAGGUCAAAAUACAGAAACACUUGAACUCAAAGUAACCGAAAACAAUGGCGAGACACAGAACAGUGAAAACAGCAAAAGUGACAAUGGAUUUCAAACGAUGCUUUCCGGCUUGGGCUUCACUCGUCCGCCUUCCGGCUUCCUAAGCCAAGCGUUGACUCGAUGCCUAAUUGUUCUCGUGUCUUAUGGAGUUUUAUGGUCUAUUACUGGACAUGAAAUGCUUCCUGGUGGAAAUCUUUUUGGCAUUUUCAUAAUUUUAGUGUGUGCAGCGUUUGGGGGAUUUAUCACUACGCGGGUUUCCUGUGGCGUCUUACCAUCAUUGCUUGGGAUGCUUAUUGUUGGGUUUCUACUUAAAAAUGCACCUGGAAUUGAUGUUGCUAAGCACAUUGACAAGAAAUGGUCAGCGACACUAAGAAGUAUAGCCCUAGUGGUUAUUUUAGCCAGGUCUGGGUUGGAGUUAGACCCUGGAGCGUUACGCAGACUGAAAUUUACAUGUGUACGACUGGCAUUUGGACCUUGUAUUACUGAGGCGGUGACAGUUGCUGUGGUUGUGAGAUAUGUUCUUGAUAUGCCAUGGCUAUGGGGGUUUCAGCUAGGGUUUGUGUUGAGUGCUGUUUCUCCAGCUGUGGUUGUACCACAGCUGUUGGUUUUGCAAGCUAAGGGUUAUGGUGUGGAACAAGGUAUCCCUACUCUUGUCAUGGCUGCGUCUUCGUGUGAUGAUGUCUUGGCCAUCAGCUUGUUUGGUGUGUUUGUUGGUAUUGCAUUUUCAAAAGGAAACUUAUAUUUCAACAUCUUCCGUGGUCCAAUAGAGCUUCUCAUGGGUAUUGUGAUAGGCAUCCUUGUUGGUGUUGUGUGCUGGUAUCUACCAAACAACCAAGAGACCAACAGGCUGGGUAACAGGUUUGUCCUACUCGCUGCUUUUGCUCUGCUUUCUGUAUUUGGAUGCAAUGCUGCAGAAUUCUCUGGGGCUGGUGCACUUGGAGUACUCUCUAUGGCAACCAUAGCGGGGCAUGGCUGGGGUGAUGAUGAGAAGAUAGCAGUCUCUCGUGCCAUGGCUGUACUGUGGGAGUUCUUCCAGCCCCUUCUGUUUGGUCUUAUUGGUGCUGAGGUCACUUGGGAAUACAUGGAUGUGAGCCUUGUAGGUCGUUGUAUAGGAGCACUCUGCAUCAGUCUCCUUGUCCGAAUGAUGAUAACAGGUGUUCUUAUGGCUGGGAACAACUUAACUCUAAAGGAGAAAGUAUUUGUUGCUAUUGCUUGGCUUCCUAAAGCGACAGUUCAGGCGGCCAUAGGAUCCAUGUCUCUUGACAUUGCCAGAGAGAGAGGCUAUACUGGUAAAUUCCAGGAAGAUCUUGGUGUCCAGAUCGUUACCAUGGCAGUGCUGUCAAUCUUAAUAACUGCACCAAUCGGCGCCGUCGCCAUAGCCGUAUCCGGCCCAAGACUUAUGAGACAAGCGCAGCCUGGGCACAACAGUCAGGAACCACAGGUAGACCAACAGCUGCUUCCGAAUUCUGAAGAUCAACAAGAGGCAGGGCAGGAGGAUUGCAAAGUUUAAUAUGCUGGCCCCUUUGUUCUACAGUGGAACAAGACAAAUGUGUUGCUAUGCACUCAAAGUACACCCGUUUAAUAUGCUACACCGGCCCCUUUGUUCUACAGUGGAACAAGACAAAUGUGUUGCUAUACACUCAAAGUACACCCGUUUAAUAUGCUGGCCCCUUUGUUCUACAGUGGAACAAGACAAAUGUGUUGCUAUACACUCAAAGUACACCCGUUUAAUAUGCUGGCCCCUUUGUUCUACAGUGGAACAAGACAAAUGUGUUGCUAUACACUCAAAGUACACCCGUUUAAUAUGCUGGCCCCUUUGUUCUACAGUGGGACAAGACAAAUGUGUUGCUAUACACUCAAAGUACACCUCCCGUUUAAUAUGCUGGCCCCUUUGUUCUACAGUGGGACAAGACAAAUGUGUUGCUAUACACUCAAAGUACACCCGUUUAAUAUGCUGGCCCCUUUGUUCUACAGUGGAACAAGACAAAUGUGUUGCUAUACACUCAAAGUACACCCGUUUAAUAUGCUGGCCCCUUUGUUCUACAGUGGAACAAGACAAAUGUGUUGCUAUACACUCAAAGUACACCUCCCGUUUAAUGUGCUGGCCCCUUUGUUCUACAGUGGAACAAGACAAAUGUGUUGCUAUACACUCAAAGUACACCCGUUUAAUAUGCUACACCGGCCACUGUCUACUACAGUGGAACAAGACAAAUGUGUUGCUUUAUACACUCAAAGUACUUUCAAUUAAUAAAGAGACCUCAUUAUAAAGGAAGUCUUAAAAGGUCCCUUUUGAAGGGGCAGUUGUCAUGGUCCUGCGCAUGUCUGGAGUCAGUGUUUGUUGUGGGCUUUUAAUUGUUUACAAAUUGUUGAACUUUAAUAUCAAUGCCUUGUUAAAAUAAUAUGCAAUAUUUUAUUGAAAACUAUGUUUAUUGACAGUGA